UUAAUUUACUGCCAUUCAGCUAACCAAUGGUUGACCAUUGAGAAGUUUAUGACAGGGGAGUUCCUCAAGUACAACAACAACAAUGGUGAUGAAAUUGCCCCCAACAACACCUUGGAGGAGCUGAUGUUGGCUUUUUCUCACUGGACCUAUGAGUAUACGCGGGGAGAGCUGCUGGUUUUAGAUUUGCAAGGUGUUGGAGAAAAUUUGACAGAUCCAUCUGUUAUAAAACCUGAAGACAAACGAUCAAGAGGAAUGGUGUUUGGACCAGCCAACUUAGGGGAAGUAGCAAUUAGAAACUUCAUUGCAAAACAUCGUUGCAACUCCUGCUGCCGGAAGCUCAAACUCCUGGGUAUGCCCCAAACAAUUCUAUUUUCCUUGAAGUAAAUCUCUCGUAGAACAACAUCCAUCAUAACCUGGGAUGGGGUAGAAAAUCUUAAUCACAUUUUUAUCUUAUUUGCAGUCAAGGCUUGACUUUCUGACUGCAAAAUUUCCAAGUCUGUAAAAGGAUUAAAAGGGCAGGGAUUUACUUCAGGUUCUGCCAAAAUGCGAUAAAACAACAUUGCGCCUGAUACUUGUCACACA